CAAGCCGACUGAGCUCUCAAAUCCAACUCAAAAACACAGGGCAGAAUACUCCACACUUCUGCAACAGGACACAAGAUUUAAUGCAAUAUUACAACAAUUUGAAAACAGCAACAAUGAAGACAACACUGGCAACUCUGACUCUCUGCCUGGUGGUGCUCAUGGCCACAGGUUUCCCCUUGGAGAAGAAAGGGGGUUCAACCUCCGGUCGUGCUGCCAAGGAGAAGCGUGUACAGUUCGCAGCUUGGGAUGAUGUGAAUGUCAUCGCUCAUGGCCUGCUGCAGCUGGGCCAGGGGCUGAAGGAGCACGUGGACAAAACUAAAGUCCAGAUGAGGGACAUUUCCACCAAGCUGAAGGUGUUCAAUCGCACAGUGACCGAGCUGGGGAAGGAAAGCCAGAAGCUGCGAAUGGAGGGGGAGGCCCUGAAGGCUCGAGCCCAUGGACUGGAGGACAGAGAGGGGCAGCUGCUCAAUGUCACGGCCGAGCUGAGGGAGAAGGCGGAGGAGAUGCAUCAGGAGAGGAAGACGAUGAGCGAGAGGAUGAACCGGCUGGAGGAGAGGGUGGACAGCAUGCUGCAGAGGGGUGCUGGGCUGCCUGACUCCAACGCUGGGGCCAAGAACAGCAGUGAUGCUCGCAACAUCCAGCUGAUGCUGGAGGGUCAAAACAAACGCAUUGACGAUCUGAUGGAGCGGAUCAGACUCCAGCAGGAGAAGCUUGACAAGCAGAAUGUGCGCAUCAGGACACUGCAGAGCCAGGUUCAACAGGCCCGUCAGAGAACUUCCCUGCAGAGCAGCCAGAAUGACAUGCAGAGCAGCGUCGCCGAGCAAAGCGACUCACCAGUCGAGAUGGCAUCCGACUGUCAUGAGCUGUUCUUGAGAGGAGAGACCACCAGUGGGAUCUAUACCAUCCAGCCAAUCAAUGCAGAGCCCUUUAAAGUCUUCUGUGAGAUGAAAACCGAUGGCGGAUGGACAGUGAUCCAAAGGCGUCAAGAUGGCUCAGUUGACUUUGACCAGCAGUGGCAGGCCUACGAGAAGGGCUUUGGCAGCCUGAAUGGAGAGUUCUGGUUGGGGCUAGAAAAGAUCCACUCCAUUUCUAAAGAUGGCAACUACAUCCUCAACAUCAAGCUCUCUGACUGGAGUGGAGAUUCAGAAGAUGUGCGCCUCCCCUUUCAUCUGGGCGGAGAGGAAACCAAGUACUCGCUCAAGAUUGAGAAGGCUGAAGCUUUCAGCCCCUUGGAGACUUCCCUGGGGACUGACGCCACCUCCGGCCUGCCUUUUUCCACCAGCGACCAAGACAACGACCUGAAAAACGACAUCAACUGCGCCAAGCACCUUUCUGGUGGCUGGUGGUUCAGUAACUGCGGUCGCUCCAACCUGAACGGCAGAUACUUCCAGAGUCCCCCUCCCAAGCAGCGACACCAGAGGAAGCAGAGCAUCUUCUGGAAGACCUGGAGGGGCCGCUACUACCCUCUGAAGUCCAGCAGUAUGAUGAUCGCCCCCGCUGCGAUCACCAAUAAGUCAUAAAAAUAUAAAGAGACAGAUUAAAGUUGCGUUAAAAGGAAGGGGGCAGAAAGAAGUAGAUGUUGUACUAUUCUUUCUUUUCUUGAUGCUUGGUUGAUGAGGUAGACACAUCAUUUCCCCUGGUUGUCUCCCUGCAAGGGAGACCUUACACCAAAGUCAAGGCCCUCAAAAAAAGAAGCAAAAAUAACUCACAUUACAUGAGUUCCAGGUUUCCCCUGCUCUGUUCUCUGAGAGAAGAAAAGAUUCCUCCCCUGCACCCAGAGCCACAGAUGGAAAAGAGACUAAAUGUGCAGUGGAAAGUUUUUCAUAUGUUGAACCAUUGCAGUGGAUUCCUUCUAUUUGGCACAAAGCAGGGGCCCCUAGACAAGAGAACAUUGCAGGGCGAGUCCCGGCACGUCCACUGUGCUGUGAGCCACUGAUGAUUUGCAACAAGUAGAGACCCAUCGCCAGACAUGUGGUGUUAACUAUAUAUGUGGGCUGUUGUUGAUAUUGAAUGUGGUUUUGUAGCAGGUAAACAGCACUGCCAGCUCAAAAACAGAUUUGUAAAGAAUGCAUGUAGGGGUGAAAUGGAGGCCGAUUAAGUAGGAGUUUUAAGCCCAAUGGUGCGGACCAAAUAAUGACCUAAUUUAAACAAAGACUUGUUUUUUGCAUGAGCAUGAUGACAUUUGUUUUCAAAAGCAUUAUGUAAAGUUAUAAAUCACUGUAAACUAGUAUAAUGAGCAGAAACUGUGUUAAGACUGAUGUUCAUGGCGCACUCAAAACCAUUCCAGCCUUUUGAACGACAUAUUUUCCGUUUGCAAUUGUGGAAAAAAUCAAGCAUAUUCUUUACUGACAUUUUUCCUUGGUGAUUUUGACGAUGUUAGGUCAUAUUGACCUAUUUAAAAAAGAGAGGCAUGGUUUUGUACUUAGUGUAUGAAGGAAUGUCUUCCGUCUUUCAGAAUAUAACUGUUACUGAUUUUUUGUGACAUUAUCUGUUGUACUCAUGACUUCAGUGUUUGUUCUUUUAGAUGUUCCCUUUCCUUAUUUAAAUGCAAAAGAAUCCAUAUAUAUAUAAAUAUAUAUUUCUGGUGCUGUCUGUCUGUAAUUUAUAUUGUCCUUGUCGUGUUUACCAGAUGUACAGUUGUUUUUUAAGAGGCCUAACCAUUUUGGGGUCAUUAUGAGCUAAUAAAAUGUCUCUAAACUAUUA